GAGGCGAAGGUAAACCAUCAGAGUCUCAUCAUGAAAGUCCGUCACACUCUGAUCUGCUUCUUCUUCCUCUCUCUGCAGGAUGGAAACAACGGUCUCAUCCUAAUUUAUACAGGAACUGAAGGAAAAGGUGUCACAGUUAAAUGCUCCUCUUCUUCUUCUGGAAGCAGGAAGAUCCUCUGUAAGGACCCGUGUAAACAAGAAGACAAUAUCAUUGAAACAACCGAUGAUAGAGCUCAGAAAGGCAGAUUCAGCAUUGAAUGGAGCAGGAGCGGAGGUGUUUCUGUGACCAUCAGACAGCUGACCAAGUCUGACUCAGGACUGUACGGGUGUGGCAUUAAAUCUUCAUACCAGCAGUUUGAAAUCCUCGUUGUAGACGCUCUGCUGGAUGGAGAUUCUUCUGAAGAAAAAACCUUCUCUUCAAGAUCUGGAGGAAACAUCAUAGUUGGAUGUGUCUUUAGUGCCUCUGAAACCAGGAAGUACUUCUGUAAGGGAAGAUGUAAAGAGGAAGACAUUCUUGUUGCAACAACUGCUUACGGAGCUCAGAGAGACAGAUACAGCAUCAGAUAUGUAGAAGGAUAUUCAUCAGGAGGAUUUGUGUAUGUGGGCAUCACACAGCUGACCAGGUCUGACUCAGGAUGGUACCGCUGUGGUCUGGACAGGACUUUCUCUCCAGAUCCCUACCAUGGGUUUAACAUCGUUGUCACAGAUGCUCCGACCACUUCUGAACCAAACCAAGCUAUGACAUCAUCAGUCACAUCAGCCUCCACAGCAACAACCACUCAGAGCUUGAGCUCCACUUCAGGAAGCUCCAGGGCUUCACCAGCUUCCCCUGAAACCAUCGAGCAGUCUGACACGACUAGAGGUACAUAUGUGCUGCUGUCUGUGGGUCUGGCUCUGGUCUUCAUGGUGAUAUUAUCUCUGUCUGUGCUGCUGUUCUGCAGGAGGCGGACUUCUAAACCCAAAGAACCUCCUGUGGAAACACAGUACGCGGAUGUAACAGAGGCCAACCGAGUGUACGAGGACAUCAGAGAGGACGGACAGAGCUGGUCUCCUGCUGUGGAAAUGUCUUCAGCUGACUACAGCCUCGUCACUGCAGUCAACUUACAAAACACAGCUGAAGGCGACUCGAGCAGACUCACCUACUCUGAGGUGACUUUUUCCAGCCGGGCCGCCGGCUUCUCCAUCAGCGGCGUCCGUGGUGACGACAAUGUCAUCUACUCUGUUCCUCGAGUAGAAACGCUCCGUGAUGAAGAUGAGCUGUACUCUACUGUUAAUGGAGAGCUGCGGGGAUGAUGUAUUUUUGUAGUCCAACAGGAAGUUAGCAUAGCACUGGUUCCCUCCAGUCGGAUUCUAACA